AUGAAGUGGGUGCAGCUCUCCAGCAAGAAGAAGCGGAAGGCUGGGAGCUCGCUGCUUGUGCUUGGGACCGGCAGCGGGGAUGUCCUCGCGCUUGAUGUCGCCGCGGGGCAGUGGAAGUGGCGGAUCAGCGACUGCCAUCCUGGGGGUGUGACAGCAGUAGCAUACUCGAGGCUUGGGCGGACGGUGUACACAGCAGGCGCUGAUGGCAUGGUCUGUAAGAUUGACCCCUCAGAUGGGUCUGUUGCAGGGAAAUUUAAAUCUUCCUCCAAGGCAAUAUCUGCGUUGGCGGUGUCAUCAGAUGGAAAGGUUUUAGCAACAGCAGCUGGUCAGUUGAGGACAUUUGAUGCUUCUGACAACAAGAAGAUCCAAAAAUUCUCUGGGCAUCCGGUUGCUGUGAAAACCAUGAUUUUUAGUGACAACGGUGAAUAUGUUCUGUCAUCUGGAGUUGGGGAACGUUAUGUUGCCAUUUGGAGGUUGGGCGGUGGUAAAACUCAGAGCUCAAGCUGCAUACUCUCUAUGGAACACCCAGCAAUCUUUGUGGACUGCAAGUGUUCAGGUAUUAAUGCCAAUAAUGGAGAAAUACAUGUGUUGGCUAUCUCUGAGGUUGGUAUCUGCUAUUUCUGGUCUGGGAAUAGCAUGGACGACCUGCGCAACAAGAAGCCAACUAAGAUUGCUUUGUCCGAGUCUUCUCUUUCAAGAACAAAGCAGGAUUCCACAAUAUUUGCCGCAAAACUUCAAGGAAUAGAUGGACCUAAUUCUACGCAUGUACUUCUUGCAUAUGGAUCUGUGGUGAAACCAUCGUUCGAUAAGCUUUUGGUUUGUUAUGGUAAGGAUAUUAAUUUGGGUGUAUCUGAAGAUGGAGUCCUCUUGCCUACAAUUCAACCCACCAUGGCCCAGAAAGGUCAAUAUGCUAAAACGAAAGGAACUAUCACUGCUCUAGACCGGGCGAAUGCAGAAGAUGCCAUCCUUCCUCUUCCGAAACUUCAUACACAAGAAAAGAAAAGGAAACAUGGUGUAACAAAACCGAGUAGUGACAAGCUUGCGAUUGAUAGUGACCUUGGAACCACAGCAAGAUUAACAGAGAAAAGAGUUCCUGUGCAAAGAAUUGAAGAUGACAGCAUAUGCAUCGAAGACAUGCUUAGGGAGUGUGGUGUCAUUGAUCAGAGCAUUGAGCGCGAUCCUGACAUGGCAACUAAAAUCUUGUCAGAUCUGUUUGGUCGCAGCGGCAUACCAAUUGACGCUAAUUUACCCAGCAAGAAGAUUCGAGCACAUCUAAGAUCUUUGAAGCCUGGAGAUGCUUGCAAACUUCUAGAGAAUCUUGUAUCUGCAUGGAAAUCAAGAUCUGGCAGUGCCGAGCUUGUUUUGCGGUGGAUAUACUGCUUAUUGGUUAUUCAUGGUCGUUUUAUCUCCUCAGAGAAACCAAAAAAACUAAUUAGCAACCUUGAGAAGGGAGUGGAGAGUGGGGGCGAAUGGCAUCUGGGGCAGUGGCAAUGUGGCAUGAUAGGCAGACAAGCUUCUGCUGGUUCUAGUGGGACUGGGACUGGGACUGGAACUGGGACUGAUCAGAGAUAUGCGGCAACUGAGGAUUUACUGAAGCUUUCUGGUCGUCUUCGGCUGAUAAUCGCUCAGGUCGACAAGGAUGCGAAAGAUGUAUCAGUGAAGAAGCAGGAUUCUUUCUCAGCCCUGUCUGAUGAGGAGGAAGAAGAAAUUGAUGAAUUGGUGUAUGGCGAAGACUUGGAAAACAGUGACGAAGAUGCUGAAUAG